AUGUCCUCUGAGGUGCUCACAUCUGUCUUUGUAGUUCCACCCAGCCCUGUGUCCGCCUCAACACCUGAUCCCAGUGACCCCUGUAGCAGCUACUCCGUGCUCAACGCCACCUGGAGAGCCACCACCAAUCGCGACGCCAACCCGCUCAGGUGCGACAGCGACGUCCAAUGGCAGGGCUGGUACCUGCUGGUGCACGGCGAGCACAGCGUGCGGAUGGCGGAGAGCUGUGUGCCCACGUACAGCUGUGGCACAGCUGCGCCCCUCUGGCUGCACGGCUCCCACCCCACACCAGAAGAUGGCAUCGUCACCAGGCAGGUGUGCCUGAGCUACAGGGGCGUCUGCUGCUUCCCCCUGUCCGUCCCCGUGCCGGCCAUCCAGGUCAAAGCCUGUCCCGGGAACUACACUGUCUACAAGUUUCUGAACCCUCUCUAUUGUCACGUGGCAUACUGCGCAGAUUUGAGCUUGAAGGGUUUCCUGCCGAGGACAAUCUCAAAUUGGAGCUCUGAAGCCCUAUCAACUGCUACGUCCCCUCCAGCCCCUUUGAAUAACAGCUACGCUUUUCUUCCAAGAAGUCCUCCUCCACCGACAGCAGAUCAUGUUGUGGGCAUGCGCCUGACAGUGUCCUCAGCUGAGCAUCUGAAUGAGACUGCGGUUGAGGAGCAGAUCCUGAAGCCACUCAGAGACCUGCUGAGAGAGCGUGGAGUAGACGUGUCUGGGAUACGCCUGCGGAGGUUUUACCAGACAGAGCCCUGA